AUGGCACGGUCCGAAGAAGCACUCAAACGCAGGGCGGAGAAACGCGAACGGUCCGUCCAAGAGCAAAAGCAGGCAGAAUUUGAAGAAAUGAAGAAAAAACAACGACUCCUCGAACAGGAAAAGGUCAUGUUUACUAUUAAACACCAACGUCCUUUUGCUCCCCGUUCAUAUGAUCGUGAUGCGAGGCCACCCCCCAAGAAACAACGGCACGAUCCUGAAACCAGCAAGGCUUUGGUUUGGGCAGAACAAGCCAAGGAAGACAAGCUAGUGCAAAACCAAGCAUUGCGAAAAAAAUAUCAGGAGACUGGUGGAGAAGGAAUGGACCCAGAGGAAUUGGAACGAGCCAAACUGUUGAUUGCUCGGGACGAACGCAAAAAGCAAAAGAAGGCAAUGAAGAAAGAAAGGAAAUCUCUAGAGAUGCAAGUUGAAGAACGAGAAUCAAAAGAAGAAGAAGGCGACGAGACAAAGGAGGAAGGCAAGGACCAAGAAACGUCCUCUAGUGAAGACGGCAAAAAGUCUAGUCAAGAUGAAUCUUCCACGAAAGAAAAGAAGGGCAGUAUCGACAAUGAUGUCAAGGAGAAGAAGGUGCCCUGUAAGGAAGACCACGACGCAAAGUCCAAACAAAAUGCCAAGUCGAAGCGUGACAGAAAUAAGGCCCUCCGAGCCAGGUUCCAAGAAACCGCUGGCAAAGGAAUGAGCAAAGAGGAUAUUCGUAGGGCGAAGCAAUUGUUGGAAAGAGAUGAACGAAAAAAGCAAAAGCGAGCUUCAGCACUUGAAAAACAGUAG